CAGCCGAUGGAUUGUUUGGGCUCUGUGUGUUGUGUAUCCCAUUCACGACAGCACUACAGUUAUGAGGCACCCGACAUGAACAGUAUGCCGGAAAGAAAUUCUCGGUCAGGCGAAUGGGCGUCGAAAGUCCAGCUGGCCGGGAUAUUGUAUAAAAGACCUUUCAACCAUCAGUCAAACAAGUGGGCGAAAAGAUAUUUCAUUAUACGAGAUGGAUUUCUAUUUUACUAUCAGGAGAGUGAAAAGAAAGAAAUGGAAAAGCGGUCUUGUAUCAACAUUCAUCCCAAGGGAAUGAUACCUUUAGGAGAAUGCAGUAUUACUCCAUCAAGGGAACAAGGACAGCCUUUUGCAUUCUAUCUGGACAGUGCAGAUAUUCAUGGAAGAAUGCUUUUGGCUGCUGACAGCAGUUUUGAAAGAGACAAAUGGAUUGACAUGCUGGAAAAGUCAAAAAGGAUAACUUGGAAACAUGCUCAGUUAGCAGACAACCUCAUUCGACAGUUGGAGGAUCAGGGCUUACAGAUGGCAAAACAGAAGCAGGACUACUUUGAUCAGCUCCAGAGUGAAGUGUUAGCUCUGUCUGAUGAAAGAGAAAAAACUGAGGAGCUAGGAAGAAUUAAUCAGGAGCUGGAGAAGGAGAAACAGAAGUUGGAGCUGUAUCAGCAGGAGAUGACAGAGGAAUACGAACGAAUCAGUUUAAGUGAGGAGAAGGAGAGAAUUUUGGAAACAUUACAUGACCAGCAGAGCUCGCAACAGAAGCUGACAGAGGAGAAUCAGAGUUUAGCCCUCACGAAGGAGGAACUACAGUCUACCCUCAAACUCAUUGAAUACCAGACCAAGGAACUGCUUCGUGAGAAAUCCCAGGCUGAAGAAAAAAUGAAGGAGAAUGAGUCAAGAGCUCGGGCACUGGAAGAAGAAAAAGAAUUUAUAAGUGGACAUGCGGAGGAGCUUAAAGAAUCCCUGAAGGAUCUUAAGGUACAGAAGGAAAUGACUGAAGCAGAAUUAAAGGAGGAGGUUAUGGCUAGACUAGAUGCGGAGAGGAAGCUGAAAGACGCAGACAACUCGUUACAGAAACUGUCGUGUGCUGUGGUAUCUCAAACUCCACACAUAGAACAGGAUGUCAAGGAAGAGAUGGUGGUCAACGUCAACAAACUCAAACGGUUUUUUGAGGAUCUAGCAAAUGAGGCCAAAAUAGACUCAGACAAACCUCUAAUUGUGAAAAACACGAUACAUGCCAGAAAAACGUUAGCCCGAAGAGCGAAAACGAAGAAAUUCCAACGCAACAAGUCCAGUAGUCUUCGGGUCAAGUCUAGUAACAGCAUCUCUGACACACAUGGAGCAGAAGGUGUGAAUCUCCGUCGUACUACCACUUGUGUUCCCAGGAAGGGAAUCUCCGUCAAUUUCCCUCUGACAGCGAGUAGUACUUUUUCUGAGGAUCUGUAGCCUACACUUUCAAAAACAAUUCUCAUUCUUUGUUGUGGCUUAAUCAAAUGAUUUCACAAAUGGGUUACAUUGUGCAACAAAUUUUAGACAGCAUUUCUACUGCUACAUAAAAUAUUUGUUCCGUGGAAUGAUCUGUUAUUUAAACUGAAGAGGAAUCAUCAUUGGAUUUUUUUUCACCUCAGCAAAUUUCAUGUUUUUGAAAAAUUGUUUUUGAGUCAUUAUGGGAACAGCUUCACUGUGUGUAAUGUUUAACAAAGACUUU